GGUCCUUGGAGGUCGAAUGUGACUGAUCCCGAUCUUGCUUCAUGUUUCACAGAAGGGGCCUUUAUAAUACCAAUAAAUACUUUGAUGUUAGUCUUUGGUUCUCUCGAACUUCAUCAUCUUCUUAAAAGGUCUGCUGUUAUUCCAAAUCAUGGAUUACGGAAUUGGCACUAUUUAAUAGAGAGGAUUACCCUAUCAUUCCUGAUUAUCCUCAGUAUAGUCGUUUUAGAGUUAACUUUAGAGGAUAGUAAAUGGCAAAUAAUGGACUUGUUUGUUAUUUCAGCUAUGGUGAACGUAAUCGCAGUGGCAACGUCAAUUUUAUUGGCCUUGUUUGUAUUUGUGCUAGAAUUACUUCCUAAACCAAAAACUGAAUAUGAACUUAUUGACGAUGAUUCUAAAAAUUCGCCAGAAGAAAGUGCUAAUAUUUUCUCGCGAUUGACUUUUUAUUGGAUGACACCACUUAUGAAAUUGGGUCAUAAAAAAUAUUUGACUCUUGUUGAUUUAUGGAAUUUAAAUUCUGAAGAUAAUUCAAAAAAGAUUUCUGCUGAUUUUGAAUCUGCUUGGAAAAAAGAGCUAUCAAAAAAAAAUCCAUCUCUGUUUAAAGCACUUGUUUUUACAUUCGGUGGUCCAUUUGCUUUUGCAGCUUUCUUCAAAGCUAUUCAGGAUGCCUUAAAUUUUGUACAACCUCAAUUAUUGAAGCAACUUAUUAUAUUUGUAAAAAGACAAAGUGACGAGGAAAAACCUUCUGCGCUAUGGGGUUAUUCUAUUGCUGGUGAAUAUCAUGAAUAUUGU